UCUCAUCACUGACUCGAAAAGGUUUCCUCAGUAAAUCAAACCAUGGGUUCGUUAAAGAUUUCACAGGUUCUUGUUUCUCUGCUCAUGGGCUUAGCCUUGGUGGUGCACCCCUGCCAUGCCCAAAACUCACAACAAGACUACCUUGAUGCCCACAAUGCUGCUCGUGCACAAGUAGGUGUAGCCAAUAUAGUAUGGGACAAUACUGUAGCAACCUAUGCUCAAAACUAUGCCAACUCAAGAAUUGGUGACUGCAAUCUUGUUCAUUCUAGCGGAUCCUACGGCGAAAACUUAGCCAAAGGCAGCAGCAGUUCACUUACAGGAACUGCAGCAGUGAACUUGUGGGUGGCGGAGAAGCCUUACUACAACUACACUUCCAAUUCCUGUACUGGGGGUCAACAAUGCUUGCACUAUACUCAAGUGGUUUGGAGCAAAUCGGUUCGUCUAGGGUGCGCCAGGGUCCAGUGUACUAAUGGCUGGUGGUUCGUUACUUGCAACUAUGAUCCCCCUGGCAAUUAUAUUGGUCAGAAACCUUACUAAGUUGGCUCUUGGAUGCUUAAUUAGUCCAUUUGGGCACAGCAUAAUUCCAAAACCAUUAAAAUAAUAAAAGUAUAAGUAAUGAAUAUAUUCAUUAUUUAUAUGUACUUUUUUUUUUA